GCAGGUACAGUCUGCCGCCAUGAGGCUCCGUUUGGCCGGAGCCGUGCUGCUGUCGGCGGCUGCUUACUACGUCUACUUGCCGCUACCGACAGGAGUGUGCGAGCCGUGGAAGCUGAUGCUGCUGGACGCGCUGUUCCGGAGCUUCAUGAAGGCGAGUGACGUGGCUCACGCUCUCGGUGUGUGUCACCGGCUCCACCUGUUGAACCAGGUGGUGUCGUGGUUGGAGGUGAUCGAGGCUCGGUCCAGCCCGGUCUUACAUGUGACAGACUCCACCCUGGGCGGCAUCCCCACCCGCGUCUUCCAGCCCAAGGGAGGGAAGCGGAUGAAAAGAGGGAUCAUAUAUUUCCAUGGGGGAGGAUGGGCCCUCGGCAGCGGACGGAUGCGAUCGUACGACCGUCUUUGUCGGAAAAUGGCCGAGGACCUGGACUCUGUCGUCAUGUCUGUUGAUUACCGUCUAGCUCCAGAAGCGGUAUUCCCGGAUCAGUACCACGAUGCGUUGGGGGCGGCGCGGGCCUUCCUGUCCUCUCAGGUUCUGGAGCGUUACAGCAUCGACCCACAGAGAGUGUGUGUGUCGGGAGACAGCGCGGGGGGGAACCUGGCUGCAGCUGUGGCACAGGAGCUCAGCUCAGACGACACUGUCACUGUGAAGUUUAAGGCUCAGGCGUUGGUUUACCCCGUGCUGCAAGCGCUCGACUUCUACACCCCGUCCUAUCAGCAGAACCAGGCUGUGCCCAUCCUCUACAGGCACUACAUGGCUCGCUUCUGGCUGGAGUACCUUGGUGCUGACCGCUCCCUGGAGAGCCUCCUGCUCGCCAACAACCACAGCUCCCUGGACCAGCCGGCUAUCGGCGCCAGCGCCCGCUCCAAACUGGACUGGACCGCUUUACUCCCGCCUGAACGCAGGAAACACUUUAGACCUGUUUUAAAAGAAACAGGGACGCUGGGGGUGAUGGGUGUCGUACCAGGGCUGAUGGACGUGAGGGCGGCGCCGUUGCUGGCGGAGCAAGAGGUUCUGGGUAGGACACCGAAAGCGUACGUGAUGACCUGUGAGUUUGACGUUCUAAGAGAUGACGGGUUGAUGUACGUGAGGCGUCUGCAGGACGCUGGCGUCUCGGUGACCAACGAUCACUACGAGGAUGGCUUUCACGGCUGCAUGGUUUUCGCUUUCCUGCCGAUGAUGUCUGGCGUCGGACAGAGGAGCAUGGACAACUACAUACGCUGGCUGGACCAGAAUCUGUAGCCAAUCAGAGCACCGCAGAUCCUCCACAGUCUGCUAGAAGAGUGUGUGCGGCACCAAAGAUGUCCCGAAGGAGAAAGUCUGGUACUUCAGAGAGCUCCUCAUUGGAUCUGUAGAGAGGAGAAGAGUCUUUGUGGGGACAAAAGUGGUUUAAAAAUGUUUUUGAUCUGUGAUACUGUCUGUGGUACACCUGAAGCAUUUAUAAUUAUCUCCACUAGGGGGCGAACUAAACCAAAUCAUGCAGAAAAUCGUCGUUUAAGAAAUUCUGAUUUUGCAAACAAAAAAAACAUUGCAACAUCCAAUGAGCUUAUCAUCAAAACGUUUUAAUAAUGUUGUCACCAUUUAGUCUGCAACAAUGUGCAAACCAGCCAUUUAAAGCUCAGUAUAUGAAAACAGUGAAGCUGGAAAUCACUGAACAUGAACACUAAAUUAAACCACAGAGCUUCCUCACUGAAACCAAACAUUUACGAUCAAAUACAACCAAAGAAAGAGAUGCUGUUAUACUAAUGUUUAUAGAAUGAUGGUGUACUUAAUGCUUAUUAUUUCUAAAAGAAACAGCAGAUUUGGAGUUCCAGGUCCAAAAUGUCUUUCAUAGCAUAUUUGCUAAAGUACACAUUAUUAAAACUCAGCUGCUGAUGAUUAGCUUAAGGCAAUUUAAAUACACAAACGGCAUUGACGACGGAUUAAAAGAAAACAAUUUAAGAGGGUUACCCACGAUUUUGAGCUGCAUUUCUACAUGUGCACCAAUAUGUCAAUGCACAGGCUGUUUCCUUUAAUUAAGACAACAUUGUAUGUUAAGUACAAAAAAGUUAUAUAUUUUUAAAGAAAUAUUCUCAACCACUUAUGCCCUGCCUCGAUUCUCUGCAACAAGAGCUGCAGACAGUGCUGAUAGGCAUGUUAACAAACAAGUUAGAGCGCCGUCUGCUGGACAAACUAUGUAAUGACACUGUUUAAAUCAUCAAAAGGCAACAUGCAAUUACUACUGAAUACUAUUGCUUUAGGUAUCAGGGAUACUCAUGAGAUCUAUUCUUUGAAAUGUAUUUAUUUAUGCAUUCAUUUAUGGAUAAAUUGUAACAAUACAACCUAAAUCUGAAACUAUAAGAAAAUAACAGUGACACCUAGUGGUAAAACUGUAAAACUGUUUUGAAUAAAUAAGAUGAAAGUUAUUUAACGCAACAUAUAUUCAUGCAAACACUUUAACAUUAGAGCCAAAUGUCAUGUUAAGUUACCUCAUCAUGCUUUUUUUGAAGGUAGUUGGUGUCAUUAAUACACCAAUAAUUGAAUAUUCUGGUGUCAUUUGUUCAUCUUCCAUGUAAUCACAGCUUUCAAAGCGGUGCACUAUGCCCACCAAUGUUUUACUGUAGACUAUUCUCCUCCUUAAGGCGAGGCGUGAGAUUUACAUCGGUGCUUUUUCCGCAAGGGCAGUCGCCCAGAAAAUGUUCCAGGUUGUAAACAACUGAUGUUAUAUAUGAUUCUUAAACUAGGCUAGUUUGAAAUUUACACGUGGCUUAUGUGACCCGGUUCAGUAUCUUUGUUUAGAAAUAAUGAGCCUGUGUUUUCUGUCGCCUAAUCUGACUAGUUUUCGAGGUCAAAGUCACUCUUUAGCUUUCAUUCUUUUACGAUGUACUGAGACACUGGAACACACACACACACACACACACACACACACACACACACACACACACACACACACACAAUGUUGCUGUGUGUGUUUCUGUACUAAAAGUAUGCCAGAGUUCACAUCUGUAUAUAUUCACUGGAUUGUGCAAUAUUGUGUGUUUGACAGCAUCCCUCACUCUCUGUAACUUCACCCUCUGAUGACCACUGCACACGCACAGCCAAUGCAAAGCUGAUGAUGAUGAGAGCUGUGAAAUACACACGAGAAUCACUGUAUCACCACCACAGAAGACGUCCCAAAAGGACUCUCAUGUUUCCCUCCUGACCGCUGCUGGCCCAAAACUAAUAUAAUGAACUGACGACAGCGGCCGUCAGACAGACUCGGCUUUGACUCACGGCCCUGAAGUGGCAGCGAUCCAAACAGUGUUACAGAAACAAUGAGCUGAGUGUGGUCAUUAAAACACUGGCUAUCAGGAGAUUUUCUGUUUCGAGGAGAUUAUUCCAGACAGUUAAUUCCUAAUAUGUGGUUUUCUGUAAGCAAUGCAAAGUCUGUAUGCACACGUUUUUGUAUGCUUUCUAGGAGAAUAAAUAAAUCACUUUUAAACAAGGCAAUAUGGAGAUUGAGAUUAGAUAUGGACUCCAGAGAGAGACUUUGAAUGUUUCUAAGUGCUGUAAAUUUAUUCAAAUGAUGCAUUAAAUAGUUUUGUAUUGUAUAAACAAGGUUUUAAUAUAUGUGGCGUUAUGCAACUGAUUGUUUCAGCCAGGAAAAUAAACACAACUGGCCCCAGAUGUACUUCUGCAGCACCUAUGAGUCCUCAAGUAGCUGUUUUUAUUGGCUCCUGUGAUACUCUGGUGGCAUGCAGGGAGCAUGAUAACGAUGAUGUUUUCUUUAUGUCAUUGUUUUUCCUCUUGCACGCUUUGGAUGUUAUCAUGUGUGUGAGUGUGAAUGUGUAACAUUCCUGGACAGUGUUUCAAUGUGAUUAUGAAAAUAGGAGAUAUGCUGCAGCAACUACCGGGGGCGAGCUCGGGCGGCCAUAUUUGUGGUUUAAGCUUUUAACAGAUAAUUGAGUUGAUGUAAGACACUGAACACGGUUUUUAAUUAGAUUAUGUCGCAAAAAAAAAAAAAAAAGAAGGAAAAAAGUUUGAAGAAAGAGGAUUUGUUGAGUCACGUUUGCUAAAUUCAAAAUGUUUUCUACAGAUAUGUUUGGGAAUCAGAAAAACAAAACCACAGUGUCUUUGUUAAAAUGGAAGCGAGUGGUUAUAUAUACUGUUGAUACGGAUAUCUGUAAAAAUAUACAAAUAAAUACACCAAACAUCUUUCAUG